UAUUAAUCCACUACCGCUUAAUGACUCCACUCGCUACCUAGGUGUUUGGAUUUCGUUAGGAAAGAAUAAGACCUUCACUGUUGAUUUGCUUAAAAAAGAAAUCAAAAACGCAAUAACCAUUAUGUCAAAGAAGAAGAUGACUGAUAAACA